AUGACACAGUGGCAGCACUUGUCCAGCAUACAAUUAGCGGAUGCACAAUUCGGCGUUCCCGGUAAUAUCGACGUGCUAAUUGGUUCUGACGUAUGGGGUCAAGUUGUCGAAACUGACUUCAAAUUUGGCGGUCCUUGUGAGCCGCACGCUCAACGCACUGCUUUUGGGUGGGUCAUAUUUGGCCCAGUUUCUGCAGCACAACCUUCAACGUUGCCAACUCUCGCAUUAAGUACGCAGCUAUGCGACGAAGACGUACACUUGGAGGAACUCCUCCGAAGUUUUUGGAAGUUGGAGGAAGUGCCCUCCCUAGAAUAUGAUGGAGAUGACGAAUGCGAACGAAUUUUUUGUAACACCCACUCUCGCACACCUGACGGACGCUACGUUGUAUGCAUACCAUUUCGUCCUGAUGCGCCGGCUUUGGGAGAUUCUUAUACUCAUGCAUUACGACAGUUUUACCUUCUUGAGCGGCGACUGGCAGCAAAUAGUGAAUUCCUUGAGAAAUACAUUGCUUUUAUGCGCGAAUAUGCAGACCUAGGCCAUAUGGAGCGCGCAUACACAUUGAACGAUAAUGAAGCGGGCUUUUAUAUCCCGCAUCAUGCAGUUAUGGGGAAGUUUCGCCUUGUGUUCAAUGCCUCGGCGAGAACUACAACCGGCGUCUCCCAGAACGAAGUUCAGCUGGUAGGAACCACAAUACAAGAUCCACUACUUAACAUAAUAUUUCGCUUUCGCCGCUUUCGCAUCGCAUUGUCUGCCGAUGUUGAGAAGAUGUUUCGACAUUACUUGUUAAACCCGAGCAUAGAGAUUUUCAGCGCAUUAUUUGGAGAGAGUCCCCAACCGAUGACAUCACUAUAUAUCGCCUUACAACGGUGA